AUGGCUACCGGAUUUGCCCCAUUGAAGAACGAUUUGAUCCUCAGAGCCGCCAGAGGCGAGACCGUCGAAAGACCACCAAUGUGGAUUAUGAGACAAGCUGGUCGUUACCUUCCAGAAUACCACGUUGUCAAGGAUGGCCGUGACUUCUUCGAGACCUGUCGUGACGCUGAAAUUGCGUCCGAGAUUACCAUCCAGCCGAUCGACCACUUCGACGGCCUCAUCGACGCCGCCAUUAUCUUCAGUGACAUUCUUGUCAUUCCACAGGCCUUGGGGAUGGAGGUUUUGAUGAUUGACGGUAAAGGCCCGUCUUUUCCACAUCCUUUACGCUCGCCAGAAGACUUGAAGAAGUUGCGCACCACAGUGGACAUCACCAAGGAGUUGGACUGGGCGUUCACCGCCAUCACCUUGACCAGAAAGAAGUUGAACGGCCGCGUUCCGCUUUUAGGUUUCUGUGGUGCCCCAUGGACCUUGCUAGCCUACAUGACCGAGGGCUCUGGCUCCAAGAUGUUUAGAUACGCCAAGGAAUGGUUGUACAGAUACCCUAAGGAGUCCCACGAAUUGUUGCAGCGUAUUACGGAUGUUGCGAUCGACUUCUUGGCGCACCAGGUCGCUGCGGGUGCCCAGAUGUUGCAGGUUUUCGAGUCCAACGGUGGUGAGUUGGGCCCGGUGGAGUUUGACGAGUUCUGUUUGUACUAUCUCAAGCAGAUCUCUGCCAAAUUACCAGCCAAGUUGGCGGAGCUUGGUAUCACCGAGAAGAUCCCGGUGACCGUGUUCGCUAAAGGCUCCUGGUACGCCUUGGACAAGCUCUGCGAUGCCGGCUACGACUGUGUCUCGCUUGACUGGUUGCACUGUCCGGCGGAGGCUGUCAAGACCGCCAACGGCCGCGUCGCCUUACAGGGAAACAUGGACCCCGGUGUCAUCUACGGUACCAAGGAAGCCAUCACCGCCAAGGUAGAGCAGAUGAUUAAGGGGUUUAACGGUGGGAAGAAGAAUUACAUUAUCAACUUGGGUCACGGCACCCAGCCAAUGAUGGACCCAGAGCAGGUUGGUAGACUCCGAGUCGUGGGUUAUAUGACGCCAUCACUAUACAAACUUAGCUUCGAGCUAAUUAUUGAGGGGUUACAAGUAGCCAAGUCAUUUAAUAUCUCGCAAACGUAA